UUCCUUAAAUUUGGCGCAUCUGCUUGAGUUUCCAGCAUUCUCGUAAUGAACCGCUGCUACAACACAAUCAAGCUCUCGGGCCUGCUCUCCAAUCUGCUCUAUAUGCUGCUGGGCAUUGGUGUCAUGAGCGGGGCAGGAUUGGGUCUCCAGGCGGCAGAGCCCAACACACCGGAGCACACGUACUUCGUAAAGAGCCUUGUGCUGGGCGGAACCAUUUGCAUGAUCGUAAUGUUUGGCUGCUAUGGCCUCAUCUGCAAUCUCCUGUGUGUCAAUCUAAUUUUCACCCUGUUUAUACUGAUUUGUCUGGGUGCGGAGUACCUGCAGCUGCAUCACUACCACAAUCCAUCGCAUUUAGCCACCGACAGUGCCUGGCACCAGCUAGAGCUCGCAUGGCAUGGCCUGGACAGCCGGCCGGAGCUAAUGCAUCAGUACGAGGCCACACAGCAUUGCUGUGGCUACAACAAUGCGGAUGACUACAAGCAAUUGCAUUUGCUGGUGCCCGCGAGCUGUUAUCAGGCCACUGCCAAUGACACCUACGAGCAGCAGAAGCAGGUCUAUCCGCGCGGCUGCCUGGAGACUUUGAGCAACAGCCAGCGCUACAUACAGCAUCGCGAUAAGCUCUUCAUGUGGUCCAUCGUUGGCCUUGAGAUCGUUAUACUGCUGCAGACAACCGCUCUGAGUGUUGUGCUGUUCAAGCUGCGCCAACGACAACGACUCGCUCGUCGCCAAGUGCCGCCUGGUGUCAGGCGGGAACCGCGCUCCAACCAUGUGACCGGCUCACGGGCCCAGCUGCUGAAUGCUGCCGAUGUCUGAUGUUAGAUUUUAUCAAAUGUAUUGUUUAUUAUGUAGCUAUGUUGCAAAUGCUUAUGUACGGGUAUAAAUGAGUGUGGGGUAAUCAGUAGGCAUAGCGACGUGUCUUGUUGGUUAGCUGACAGCACAGCGUGAUGCCCAAGAUGAUGCCCACAAGCUGCAACUCA